AACCUAGCGGAUAACAGGGGCGUAAAUAAGCAGGGCUCUGUCCAAAACACUGUCACCCAACUUUCCCCAAUUUUCCAACUGGAAUAUAGCACGCUCGAUCUGAAAAAAAAUAACGUCUGUGUGCGCAUGGGCAGAAAAGGUGACGACUCCUUUCUUUAGCGUCUAGCACAAAACUAUACGCACGUGAAAAACAGUUGCCAAAUGCGUUCUUAAAAAGACACGCAAAUUGCAGACAUUUGUCCGUUUGUAAUAUAGCGACAUAACUAAAUUUCGCGGUGAAUAUUCUAAUGCUAAUCUAACUUUUCUUACGGGACUGAACAACUCUGCUGAUGUAUCAACAAAUAAUUUAUAUCCAGAGCAUAAAUUCCCUGGGAGUGAUGGCCACAAACUGUGAGGACUAGCAGCGCUACAGCUUCGCUUAUGAAAUGCCCGCGUCGGCGCCCUCCACGAGUUGGUGGGACAGGUGGUUCAAGAAGCAGUCGCCCUCCCGACCGUCUCGGCCACAGAGUCGGCAAUCGACUCAGGCCCGGCAGGUUCGCAGGAGUUCCACGCCGGCGACUUCCAGCGGCCAGCCGGCGACUUCCAGUGGUCAGCCGGUGAGUUCUGGCAGUCAGCCGGCCGCGACACCGGUACAGCCGGACCGCACACCGCCCGCCGCCAGCUGCCCCGCGAUCGUGAUCCAGCUCGCAUCGUCCACGGAGAGCCAAGGCCAGGACCAAAACGGUGACCUCGGUGUAUCAGGAUCCAGCGAGCCCAUCGCUACCACCUCAGCCUCUCCCGAGUCGAGUGCGAACAGACCGACCACUGCAAGACCGACUAGAGUUGGAUUCCGUGAAAACGACUUGGUUUCAUCUGAUGAGACUGAGGAGGAAGACCUACCUAAGGUGAAGAGGCAGCGGCCGGAGUAUCAGACUCCACCGGACAAACCUGACAGCACAGUUCUCGGGGAGUUCGAGAAAGUAAACAGGGUAAUACUAGCCCAAGAGUCGGAAAACGAAGCCCUGGCGAGCGCAGAGGAUACUGAUAAGGACGAACAGGAACCGUCUCCGUUGGAACAGCAAAAUGCUGAGGCGGAUAAAAUCAAAACACAAAUCGGAGAGGCCAACGCUGCCAUACAGGGUGUCAAAAGCUUCGAACACCAAACAAAGGAGAAAAAGAAGAUUAGCGAGCUGAAGGCGGAAGGUCAAAAACUGUUGGAUUUGUGGGGAGACGCACUGGAAAAGAAGGACGUACUGAUGCAAGUUAUUCGAGAGUGUACCGACGCCACCAAUCAGUCGACAGAGCGGCUCAGCAGGGAUGUCAAAGAGCUCGAGCAGCUCUACGGAGAGCUGGCUGAGGCGCUGGCCAGUCUACAGAGGACCACCAGCUGCCACAAGGCCGUCAAAAAGGACAUCGCUGUCAUGAAGAAAGCCGUCACCAAUGCCACAGCCAAGGAACAAGCUGAGGUCGGCAAGCUGGCAGCCGCGCACGAGAAGGAAGCUUACUCCAAAUGGCAGUCGCUGAAGGGCACCUCGGCUGAUGUCGAGGCACUGGAAAAACUGCGCACCGAGUUGACGGAGAAGCAGCGAGCUCUGACCGGGCUGCAGACUUUGGUAGUGCGGCGGCUGGCGCAGAUGCAACAGUCUGACGCGGGGAUCACGGAGCGCUCCACAGGAACCGCCGGCAAAGUCUCGCCACAGCGCGUUCCGCCACCGCCGCCGCCGGCCGGACGACGAAUCGGCGCCGGCCGCAGUACCGGCAAACGGCGACUGGCUGAGGAGGCGCGGCACGAGCGGCGCGGCGGCGGCGGCCAGCGCGGAGCGGGCGCGCCCAGCGCCGUGGCCACCCAGGCGGGCUCAGUGCCGACGCUGGGCCACGGUCCGCCCGCCACCGUCUCCGUCUUCACCGGCACCGUGAACUCCAUGGCAGGCGCGAGCAGCGGCAUGGCCACCACAGCCACCACCAGCGCCAUGGCGGGGCCUCCUCCUCCCCCUCCGCCGCCACCUCCACCGCCGGCACCGGCGCCGCGGAACAUCGACGAGGACGAUAUCGACGAUAGUGGCGCCGACGAGACGAGCACCAGUGCCGAGGAGGAGAACGCACCGUUUGACGGGGAGGAGGCCCUGCUGGCCGCCGCGUUCCCUCUGCAGUUCGGACCGGCCCUGUUUGACGGCCUGGAGCCGGCCGAGGCGGCCAGAGCCAUGGCCAACGCCAUCAACUUCCGCUGAGUUAUGAACGACGAUUGACCGAAAGUGGUAGCCGUAGGCCAGUACAACUACCAAACACAUACCUACCGAUCAAUAAUUAUAAGUGGUUAAUAAGUGUAACGUCACGUCAAUGCGUUAGCAAAGGUUUUUUAGCCGUCUCUGGCCAAAAAAAAAAUUAAAAAAAAAAUCGUCACGUCAGAAUAACAGAAAAUCGCCAAGUAAAUGUCAAUGCUUCCCUUCCCACAGCGCUAUUGUUUUGUGUUUCACUGAAAUUAAUAUAUUUAGGGACGAAAUGAGUUGCAGCUGGGAAAUAAAUGCAUACCGUUCA